AACAACAAAAGUAGUAAUAAUGGAUCUCACUCAAUUUGUGAAACAUAUUGACUUAGAUGUAUACAAAAAUUAUCUUGAACCAUUAAAUUAUUAUGAUCAAUUGGUUCCAGAUAAAACACAUAAUUUACUUGUCAAUUUUUUCUCACAGAAUUUAACUUAUUGGCAAUGGUCAAAUGCCAUUGAUAAUCUGAACAUAAAAGACUACAAAGAAACAACUACCAAAAUGGUGAUUAAAUUAAUUAUUAAGACACUUGAUAAUUUUCUGCAGGCUUUUGCUUUAGGGCAUAUGAAUCCACUCCAUAAUGUAACAACCCUGGAACAACCUCAUCUUAACGAAUGUCUAAAAGCAACUUUAUGGUAUUGUGCUGAAGUAUAUUAUACCUUAAAUCAUCACAUAAAAGAUCAAAGAGAAGAUGGCAUUGGUUUUACUAUAGAUUCAAAUAAACACCAAAUGAUAUAUGUAGAAGGAUCACAUCCUUAUAAUGUUAAAGAACAAAAAGAAAUUGGAGAUAGAAUCAAAAUAGCCAGAAACCUUUAA